AUGGGCCUGCUGUGCCCGUGCGUGGUGUUUGGUUGGAACGUGGAGCAGCUGGAGGGCGAGUGCUGCUGCCCCUGCAUCAUGCACGUGGUCUGCACCGCCGUCGGCUGCGUCUCCUGCUACGCAUCCGCGUACCGGACACGGAUACGGGCCAAGUACAACCUGGUGGAGUCCCCGUGCGGCGACUGCUGCACCCACUUCUGGUGCCAUUGCUUCGCCCUCUGCCAAGAAUACCGACAGCUCAAAAAGGAGCCCCCCCAGGCGUUCCUCGCGGGCCCCCCGGCCAUCAUCACCCCGCCCCCCACGCAGCAAAUGCAGCCAAUCGGUUACGUUCCAGGGGGGUCCCCUUCCGCGCUCAUGACCCAGAACCCACCCCCCCAAAGCGCGCAGAUGAGCCCCAACGGUUUCGGGGGGCCGAAGCCGUACCCGAUGGCGCCCAACGCGCCCCCCCUGCAGCAGAACCCCUACCCCCCCGCGCAGUAUCAACAGCAGCAAUACGAGCAGCAAAUGUACCCCCCCGCGCAGCCGCAGGGGGGUCCGUAUUACGGACAACAGCCCAGCUCGCCGUCGGGUUAUGGCCAGGGGGGUCCCCCUCAGCAAUAUCAGGGGAGCGGAAUGAGUACGCCUCAGUAUAUGCAGGGGGGGAAUAUGCCCCAGGGGGGGCCGGCGUAUGGGCAGGGGUACGGGCCACAGGGAGGGGCCCCGAACGCGUGGGGCAGAUAG